AUGGAAUUUGGCGACUAUCGUUUUGAGCACUUUUUACAUGGACACAAGGAUCAGCUGGAAGCGGGUGGGAUUCCACCGGAGCUGUGGGGCAGUCUUUACUCGAAACUAAUGCAACAGACUUUCGAUGCGGGAAAUUAUUUCCGAAUACUGUGUGAGGAGACAGAUGAAGGGCGCAACUGGAGUGUUUUUGCUACAAGAGAUCUUCACCCAGUUGAUGAAUACAAUAUCUUCCUCAUUGACCAUGCUUGGACAUUCCGUCCACAUCAAGCACGAGCUCAACUCGAGGAACAUCCACAACUAGCUGAUCGAAUGGCCAGAUUGCUUGAUCUUACUGCGGAUGAUGAGUGCGUCUUCGUUGAUCACCAAAGUGACAGUGAUGAAGACGUAAUGACCACAGAUGAGCAAGAAGCGUUUGAAACUGCUCCUAUUCCUCGUCCUGAAUCUAUCGAUGCCCGCCUUUGUUACGUUGUCAAGCAAAAUGAUACUGUGGUGGACGAAAUCCUUCGUAAAAUGUGGCAGUAUAUUCAAACGUAUACUGUGAGAUUCAAACCGGAAGUUGACGAAGAAGGCAUGCCAGUUUGGUACAUUAUGGACGAGUUUGGUGUGAGAAUAUCGCACUCGGAUACUCCAAACGUUCGAGUCGUACCGCUGUAUUUUAUACCGCACAAUGCUGCUUACAGUGUCAUAUUUCUGACAAAGGAAGAAGAAAUUUGCCGUGAUUAUGCCGAUAAUGCCCUUGCGCGACGACAGCCGGAUUGGCGACGUUUUCUGUUGGUUCCUUGGUUGGAGAAGGAGUUCGAGUUGAAAGAGGAGAUACAGCGUCAUCCACCUGACGAGAAUUUCUUCAUUUCUGGCCGUUCACUGGACAUGCUUCCUUCUGAAGCCGCUCAACAAGUGGCAGCUGAAGCGAUCAAGAAGCGCGACUUGUCACGUCCCCUUCGAAUCUAUGCUGAUGGUCUGCAAAUGAUUGAGAGCUUAUCGGAAGUGAAGUACGAGGAAGUCAGCAAUUGGCGAAAUGCUGAUGUUUUGUGGCUGAAAAGGCAUUUCCGUGAAUACGACAGUCUUUGUGCAGACAACCCAUCUGCACUUGUAAAUCAGUUCCCUCACGAGAGUUGUCUUACUGUGAAAGACCUUCUGUCAGCUAUUCUCAUGGACCAAAGUUCGGGCGAAGGGCCGGCUUGGUUUCAGACAUGUUUCAAUUUAAACACGGAGCUGCCCCAGUUCGUGUCCUACUUCCUGCACAGGAAAGCAAAGGGUCUUGAAAAUAUUUGGAUUAUCAAACCGUGGAACUUGGCCCGCGGUAUGGACAUGUUCGUUUCGGAUGAUAUUCGACAGAUCAUUCGCCUAACCGAAAGUGGACCAAAGAUUGCCUGUAAAUACAUUGAACAUCCGGUUCUAUUCCCUAGAGCUGACAAUCAGUGUAUGGUUAAAUUCGAUCUCCGGUACAUCGUGUUUGUAACCCAAGUACGACCUCUACGUGCCUUCGUAUACAACAAUUUCUGGAUUCGAUUCGCCAUCAACGAAUUUUCUUUACAUCGACUCGACGACAUAGAUACCCACUUCACAGUUUUCAACUAUGGCGAUGACGAUAAGGUUCUGCAGAUGAAAUGCCCGGACUUCAUCAAACAAAUCGAAGCAGCGCAUCCUUGUAUCAAAUGGUCCACUGUUCAGAAGCAAAUAAACCAAGUUUUGAGAAACGCCCUUAGACGCCGCUUGCAAGUGGGAUCCACCACGUGGAAUGGCGAAAAAUGUGCAAUCAAGAGCCAUGUACGGUGCUGA